AAUGGCCACAGUCUCCAUCACCUUGACAGCAAUCAUCACCAUGACAGCAGUCACCACCACAAUGGCUUCACUCCAGUAGAAUUUCCUGAGAAUACCCAGAAUGGGUAUUCCAGACACGUCCCCACUUCCACUCAUGCAUCUUUGCCAUCCAAAGAAAACAUGGUGGUCUUCUCCCUGGGCUUGCUGGCUUUGCCCUUCCUGCCUGCCACCAACAUGUUCUUCUACGUGGGCUUUGUGGUUGCUGAGAGGGUGCUCUACAUCCCCAGCAUGGGCUUCUGUCUGCUGGUGGUGCUGGGGCUGAGGACCCUGUGUGUACGAGCAAGGCAGAGAAGCUCCAGGACGCUAUUGCUGGGCUGUACUGCUGGGCUGCUCCUGCUCUAUAGCCUCAGAAUGGUGCACAGAAACCAAAACUGGCAGAAUGAGGACUCGCUCUACAGGUCUGGCAUCACUGUGAACCCCGCUAAAGCUUGGGGUAACCUUGGCAAUGUCUUGAAGAACCAAGGUAAGAUGCUAGAGGCAGAGGAAGCGUACAGAAAUGCCCUGUAUUACCGUGGCAACAUGGCUGACAUGCUUUACAACUUAGGUCUGCUGCUGCAGGAGAAUGAUCGCUUCUCUGAAGCUCUUCAUUAUUAUAAGCUGGCAGUCGGGAGCAGACCAACCCUGGCCUCUGCAUAUUUGAACACUGGUAUUAUUCUAGUGUCUCAAGGCAGCGUGGACGAGGCCAAGCACACAUUUCAGACCUGUGCAGACAUCCCAGAUGAGAAUCUAAAGGACCCCCAUGCUCACAAAAGCUCAGUCACUAGCUGCUUGUACAAUCUGGGCAAGCUGCUACAUGAACAGGGCCAGCAGGAGGAGGCCCUGUCCAUGUAUAAAGAAGCUGUGAAGAAGAUGCCUCACCAGUUUGCCCCUCAGAGCCUUUACAACAUGAUGGGUGAGGCUUAUAUGAGGCUGAACAAGAUUGAAGAGGCUGGGUAUUGGUACAGAGAGUCGCUUAAGGCCAAACCCGACCAUGUCCCAGCCCAUUUGACCUAUGGCAAGCUGCUGUCAAUCAUGGGCCAGACAGCAGACACAGAGCAGUAUUUCCUGAAGGCCAUAGACCUUGAGCCCACCAGGGGAAAUUGCUACAUGCACUAUGGCCAGUUUCUGCUGGAACAGUCUCGUUUAAGUGAAGCAGCAGAGAUGGCAGAGAAAGCAGCUGACCUGGACAGCUCCGAGUUCGAUGUUGUGUUCAGUGCAGCGCAUAUGCUCAGACAGGCCAGUCUGAACGAUGCAGCUGAAAAGUAUUACAGGAGGGCAGCAGACCUUAGACCGAAUUAUGCUGCUGCUCUCAUGAAUCUUGGAGCCAUCCUCCACCUCAACAGAAAGCUUCAGGAGGCUGAGGUCCACUACCUCCAUGCACUGCAGCUCAAACCAGACGACCUGAUCACACAGUCCAACCUGCACAAACUCUGGAACAUCAUGCACAAACAGGGCCUGAGGAGUACGGGGUCAUGAC